UUUUUUGCCUCUUUAAACAUCUAUGCCUCUUAUUAAACACCUACACCACUCUACAUGCACCUUGUAGCUGCAAGCAGCCGGCUCCUCACCUUCCUCGUUCCUUCCACUGUGUUCAACAGGAAAGCGAUGGACUUGUACCAAUUUGCACUUGCGGGUCAAGAUUCUCCUCCUCUUCCUCUCCGGUCAAAGUGGACCAAGUCACUGCCUCGCAUCCACUGGAAGUAUAAUACGAACAGAGCGGAGCAGCUGCACUGCCGCAUCGAGAAAUCAUUAGACCUCAAGAAAACAGGUCAGCAAUGGAAGCCACGGCGACGCCACGAACCCAAGAAGUGAUGAAGCCCGAGCCCGGCACGGUCAAGGUGACCGUGGACGAGGUGACGCUCCGCAAGUUCGAGCUGUCCGACGUGGACGCCAUGAUGGCGUGGGCGUCGGACCCGCAGGUGGCCGCCUUGUGCCGGUGGGAGCCCUACGAGUCAACGGAGCCGCUGCUGGCCUUCAUCCGCGACGUGGUGCUCCCGCACCAGUGGUUCCGCGCCAUCUGCCUCGGCAGCGAACCCCGCCCCGUCGGCGCCGUGUCCGUGUCCCCGACGGGGGACCCGUGCCGCGCCGAGCUCGGCUACGUGCUGGCGCGCGCGCAUUGGGGCCGGGGCGUGGCCACGGCCGCCGUGAAGCGCACGGUGACCGCGGUGUUCGGCGAGGUCCCGGGGCUGGAGCGCGUCGAGGCGCUCGUGGACGUGGCCAACCUGGCGUCUCAGCGGGUGCUGGAGAAGGCCGGGUUCACGAGGGAGGCCGUGCUCCGCAAGUAUGGCGCUAACAAGGGCGUCGUCAGGGACAAGGUCAUGUGCAGCUUCAUCGACCCCGACGCAGUGCCCGAGUGACUUGAGCGCCCUGUCGCAAAUCUUUUGCUGUCGGAUGCAUCCAGUUCCGAAUUUGAAUGCAAGCAAUUCCAAUCGAUGACACACGGUGCGCCCGCCGGGUUACGCCGCUGUGUGUGGACCUAAGAUUUGAAAGAUUUGUAUUUAAAAUUACUAAGGUGAUGUUUGGUUUCUCGGGACUAAUUUUUAGUCCCUAUAUUUUAUUCUAUUUUAGUUCCAAAAUUGUAAAAUAUAGAAACUAAAACUUUUUUUUUGUCACUUAGUGGGUGUUUGGUUUCUAGGGACUAAUGUAUAGUACCAUAUAAAUUCAAGCUAUACACAUUAUCUCUAUUACUUAUUAA